GGCCUCCCCGGCCAGGUGAGGCGUCAUGCGCCGCGGGCCGCCGCCGCCGCCGCCGCCGCUAUCCGCGGUGCUGACGCCACCAGGUGCGCUUCGUUCCGUCCGCGGGUAGCCCGCUGCCAUCCGCGGGGCCGACCCCUCCGCCUUCGGCCACCGCUUGCCUGGAGGAAGCGUGCGGUUUGGAUUUUUAGAAGCCGUUCUGCAUUUAGAUUCCAACAUCCUCGCGUCUCUUCGGUGCCAAAGGAGCGCUCAGGCCGUCCGUCUCCCCCUUUGCUCUCCCCAACUUGGCGCACCCUCCCUCCCAUCCCUCCCUGACACUCCCACCACCCCCCCUCGGCUCGGCGGCUCGGCGCGGUGCUGCAGAAGACGCGCUGAGCCCUUUUGGAUCUAAUGCGCAGAGGAGGUUGGCCCAGAGCUGCUGGGCUCCCCCAAGGCUGAACUCUAUCCAAGGUGCCCGCAGGCUCCCUGCCCGCCUUCCCCAUGCCAGCCCGCAGCUAGGGGCAGGGGCAGCGGCGGCUGGGGCUGGGGGUGGGUGGGGAGCUGUUGGAGAGGACAGGUCGCAGCUUGGCUAUGGAAGGCUCCAAUGGCUUUGGGAUCGACUCCAUCCUCUCCCACCGAGCGGGCAGCCCCGCCCUUCCCAAGGGGGACCCCUUGCUUGGGGACUGCCGAUCGCCCCUGGAGCUGAGUCCGCGCUCCGAAAGCAGCAGCGACUGCUCUUCGCCGGCCUCCCCGGGCAGGGACUGUCUGGAGACGGGCGCCCCGCGGCCUGGCGGGGCGCCGGGCCCCGCUUUGGACUCCCACCUGCAGCCCGGGCAGCUCUCGGCCCCGGCCCAGUCGCGCACAGUGACCUCCUCCUUUCUGAUCAGGGACAUCCUGGCCGACUGCAAGCCCCUGGCAGCCUGUGCGCCCUAUUCCAGCAGCGGGCAGCCGGCAGCCCCUGAGCCGGGGGGCCGUCUGGCGGCCAAGGCCGGGGAGGACUUUAGAGACAAGCUGGACAAAAGUGGCAGCAACGCCUCGUCAGACUCCGAGUAUAAAGUGAAGGAGGAGGGUGACCGCGAGAUCUCCAGCUCGCGGGACAGCCCCCCGGUGCGCCUGAAGAAGCCCCGCAAGGCGCGCACCGCCUUCACCGACCAUCAGCUGGCGCAGCUGGAGCGCAGCUUCGAGCGGCAGAAGUACCUGAGCGUGCAGGACCGGAUGGAGCUUGCCGCCUCGCUCAACCUCACCGACACGCAGGUCAAGACCUGGUACCAGAACCGCAGGACCAAAUGGAAGCGACAGACGGCCGUCGGGCUGGAGCUGCUGGCGGAGGCAGGCAAUUACUCGGCGCUCCAGCGGAUGUUCCCGUCGCCUUAUUUCUACCCGCAGAGUCUUGUUUCCAACCUGGAUCCCGGCGCCGCGCUGUAUCUGUACCGCGGGCCCAGCGCGCCGCCGCCCGCCCUGCAGAGACCCCUGGUGCCCCGCAUCCUCAUCCACGGACUCCAGGGCGCCAGCGAGCCGCCCCCGCCGCUGCCCCCGCUGGCCGGCGUCCUGCCGCGCGCCGCGCAGCCCCGGUGA